GCCUCAAAGGAGAAGUAUCAUUUACGACAGGGAAUUUCUGAUGUGCAACGAGCUUUGCGUCGAAAUGAAACCGGUAUUAUAAUUCUUGCAGGAAAUGCCUGGCCAAUAGAUAUUUACUCGCACCUUCCGGCUAUUUGUGAAGAAAAAGAUAUUCCAUACAUUUUCACACCCUCGCGACAGCAGCUUGGAUUAGUGACAGGUCACAAAAGGGCAGCAAUAGUGGUGUUGAUUAGGGAACAUGAAAGCUACUCAGAAUUGUUCCAAGAAGUACGAAAUAUGAUUGCAACCACUGCACCGCUUGUUUGA